UGUCAACCGUAUUUUACAUAAUAUCUCAACGAUCUAUCAUCUAUCAAUCACCUUAAUUUAAUUUUAUUACUAUCGAUUAUUAGCAUACAUACAUGCCAAACAUAACAAUCUCUUCAUUAUCUAUCAAUCUAUCUCUCUCCAAAAUUAAAUAAGUAAACUAUAAAGCUUUAUUGACCAGAAGAUCAAUAAAAACUCGGAACACAUUAUUGAAAGUCUCGACACAACCUUUGUUCGUUCACAGAUUGAAACAAUUACAAACAAAAAAGUCAUCCUUCUCUAUCUGCUCAGAGAGAGAGAGAGUUUUGGAAAUUUUUUCCUGUUUCUUCAGUGUAAGUCGCUGUCAUUGUUUUCUGUUUUCACAUUUUCCGAUAGCAUUACCAGGGGAAAAAUCACGCGUGGUAGCAGCUCACUUUAGUUGGCCAAGUUACCGGCGGAACACGGCGCCGGAAAUGUGGAAGCUCCGGGCAGUCUUUGGCUUUUUCUGCUUUCUCCUGCUUUGCUCAUCGCCAGCUUUAGUUUCCGGCCAGCGAUCUACGAGAGGCGCUAGCAGAUGGCAGACGCUUACCGGUGAUCCUCCCCUUGUGUUAGCAAGAGGUGGAUUUUCUGGAGUGUUCCCCGAUUCAAGUACUCUUGCAUAUUCAUUCGCGGUGCAGAUGGGUUUGCCAAAUCUUCUCGUUUCGUGUGAUGUGAAGCUUACAAGAGACGGGGUUGGAAUUUGCUUUCCCAGCCUCAUGCUACAAAACGCAUCAGACACAGAUGUUAUUUAUCCAAACAGGAGCAGCAACACCUAUGUUGUCAAUGGUGUCCGGAUGCAAGGAUAUUUCACUUUGGAUUUUGACUUCAGUGAACUUGACAACGUAUCACUGAAAGAGGCGAUUUUUUCUAGGCCACCCUAUUUUGAUCAUGUUGAACUGCAAAUUCUCACUCCGCAAAUGGUAUACAACAACCCACCAGAUCCACCAUCCGGAUUAUGGUUGAAUAUACAGAAUAAUAAUAUUUUACAAUUUGCUCCUUCAAGCAGGUUCUUUGCAGAGAUAACUAGAGAUUAUUUUGUUGUUAGGCAGCUGAAGCUUCAUGUAAAUCAGGCACGUAAGUAUGACACAUUUUUCAGCCAGCAUAAUCUGAGCAUGAGGUCAUAUGUUCUCAGUCUGUAUAGACGUUCCAGUGGUGUUAUUAUUAAUUAUAUUUCAUCGCCUGAAGUGGGCUUCUUGAGAAGCCUCAGAAAUCGAGUGGGCACAACAAGGCUCGUCUUCCUAUUUCUGGGACCCACUGACACUGAGCCCACGACCAACCAAACAUACAGCUCAUUUUUGAACAAUCUCACGGCAAUCAGAAGCUUCGCAGAUGGAAUUCUUGUUCCCAAAAAUUACAUAUGGCCAGUGGACAACAGACAGUAUUUACUCAACUACACCUCUCUCGUGGCAGAUGCUCAUAGAGCGGGUUUGGAGGUUUUUGCUUCUGGGUUUGCGAAUGAUGCAUCUUUACCUUAUAAUUACAGCUAUGACCCUGUUUCCGAGUAUCUCUCCUUCAUUGACAACGGUCAAUUUUCUGUUGAUGGUGUGCUUUCGGACUUCCCACUUACCCCAUCUACAACCAUAGAUUGCUAUUCUCACAUGCGCAGAAACGACACUAUUAUAGCAAAUAUUACAAUUAUCUCAAGUGAGGGAGCAAGUGGGGACUAUCCCGGUUGUACGGAUGUUGCGUACAUAAAAGCUGCAUCAGAUGGUGCAGAUAUACUCGACUGCCCUGUUCAAAUGUCGAGUGAUGGAGUGCCUUUCUGUUUGGGAUCGAUCGAUCUCAGGAACAGAACAAAUAUUGCCCAAUCACCUCUCGCAAAUCGGGCUACUGAUAAUCCGGAUCUCCACAUACAGAAUGGAAUUUUUACCUAUAACCUCACAUGGAGUGAAAUUCAGACGUUGAGACGCAUGCUGUUAGUAUCUACAGUAAUGCAUCUUCUUUUACUAUGUUCAGCUGCUAUUUCCAAUCCAUAUGUGGACGGAUAUGCACUAUUCCGGAAUCCAAUUGCAAGAAAUGAUGGGAACUUUAUGCAGCUAUCCGAUUUCUUGGCAUUUGCCAACAAUCAGUCUUCCGUGUCUGGAAUCCUUAUCAGCAUCGAGAACGCGGCAUACCUAGCCGAGAACCAGGGGUUAGGCAUGACAGACGCUGUCCUGUCGGCCCUGAGUAGUAGUGGCUACAACAACCAGACAUCCAAACGGGUCCUAAUCGAGUCGAGCGACAGCUCGGUUCUUAGGAACGUCACGGCCGCGGGCGUGCCGUACGAGCUCGUAUACGACGUAGACGAGGACGUGGGCGCCGUGCCCGACUCCACCAUCUCAGAGAUACAGCGCUUUGCCCGAUCAGUAGUUGUGUCCAAGCGCUCGGUUUUCCCGACAGAUGAGUUAUUUGUGAAGGGAGAAACGGACGUGGUGGAAAGGCUGCAGAGGUUCAACCUCACCGUUUACGUGCGCCUCUUCCGUAACGAGUACCCAUCCCAAGCCUGGGACUUCUUGUCCGACCCUUACGUCGAGAUCAACAAUUACGUGGCCGCCAAAGGGAUCAAUGGCCUCAUCACCGAAUUCCCGGCAACCGCCAAUAGAUACAGAAGGAACCGGUGUUUAGGGUACAAUGGUACUAAUCCACCAAUGUAUACGCAACCCGUUCCACCCGGUGGCCUUAUUGGAUUGAUGUCAAACCAAAGCCUUCCGCCAGCUGAGGCUCCAUUACCGGUACUCACAGAUGUGACUGAGCCUCCUUUGCCCUCAGUGGUCUUAAGGCCACCGCCAGGGAGCCCGCCUCCGGCCCAGGGUCCGGCCCGGCCCAACGGCCAGCCGAAGACACUUGUCGCCAGCACGUCAACCCUCAUUCUGCUUCUGCUUGUGGCCUUUGUGCUCUGAUAUUCUAUAUUUAUUUGUUUUGUUGUGUUGCCAUUGCUUGCCUGGAGCAAGAUAGCCGCAGUUUUAUUACUGAGGGGUUCUUUUGUACGUAUUUUCAGUUCCUAUUCUUUGCUGGUGGAUUCUUUUGUGUUGGUUUGAUUAUUUAUUAUCUGCAUUUCGGGCGGCUGUAGCAGGUGGGUGGGUUUAUAUGAGGAUAUUAUUGGGUUUGUAGUUUUCUGUGUUCUUUUGAAUCGAGUUUAUGUUCGGUGGUGAUGUAAAUUUGUGUUUCUCUCCUUCAUGGUGAUUUAUUGUUGUUAUUCAGUGUAUGAGAACUGACUGACAUUUUUUGGAACAAUGGUGUUAUUUUCAUUUGGCCGAUUUUCUGUUCGUGGAUUGAAAUAACUAAGAUUGUCAAGCAGUUUAUAACUUCACUUUCUGUUCCUAGAUCGACAUAGG